UGUUGUCUGGGUUUGUUCGGUUGGCCUUCUCGGUGUCAAGCGGGUCCUUAACGUCAGUUUAGCUAACCGACACCUGCGGCAACGACCACUUCAAACCAGAAAAUAGAGAAACGUGUAAUACUAACUAUGCCUGCAGCUUAGAAGCAGGGUUUUAUAUUUAACGUGUUUGUGGACUGCUCCGGUUAUGCUGCUUCCUUCACAGAGGCUGCCUGGCGCAGACUGAGUUUUCUGACCGGAAUGAAGAUAGAUAUACAGCAAACCUUAAUAUCUAAAUUAAAAGACAACAUCCUAUGACCUUGUUAUCAAGAUUUCCAGUACAGAUUUUCAAAUGAAAAUGGAGGAUAUGCCCCUUUCAGGCCCAGACAACACCAAGCUGGAGGCCUUGGUGCAUGACAUCUACUCUGAGCUGGUGGAAGAUGCCUGUUUGGGCCUGUGUUUUGAAGUACACCGUGCUGUAAAACAGGGCUAUUUCUUCUUAGAUGAAACAGAUCAAGAGAGUAUGAAAGAGUUUGAAAUUGUGGAUCAACCAGGAUUGGACAUAUUUGGACAGGUGUACAAUCAGUGGAAGAACAAAGAGUGUGAGUGUCCCAACUGCAAAAGAUUAAUCGCGGCUUCUCGUUUUGCUCCACAUCUGGAGAAAUGCCUCGGCAUGGGGCGCAACAGCAGUCGCAUUGCUAGCCGCAGGUUAGCCAGCAAUAACAACAUGAGCAAAUCAGAGAGUGAUCAGGAAGACAAUGAUGACCUUAAUGACAAUGACUGGUCAUAUGGGGCAGAAAAGAAAGCCAAGAAGAGGAAGUCAGAUAAGAAUCAAAAUUCUCCAAGAAGAUCCAAAUCUCUGAAACACAAAAAUGGUGAGCUUGGGAGUAACAUGAGUUCAGAGCCAUACAAGUACAACUACAAUACUGGCAUCAAUUAUGAAAGUUUAGGCCCUGAUGAAGUCAGAUCCCUUUUAACAACGCAAUGUGGAGUGAUCUCUGAGCACACGAAGAAGAUGUGUACGAGGUCUCAGCGAUGUCCUCAGCACACGGACGAACAGAGGAGGGCCGUCAGGGUGUUCCUCCUGGGGCCGUCCGCGCCAGCGCUCCCCGAUGCAGACCCUGUGGUGGAGAACGAUAGCUUUGACAUUCCAGAUGGACAGAGUUUAAUGAGCCGCCUGCAGUGGGAAGACUCCCCUGAUAUUUCCCCCACUGAUUCUGCCUCCUCUAAAACCAGCACCAACCAUUCCGAUUCUCGGAGGCCCAAGAAGAAAAAGAAGCCUUCUCUGGGAUUGAACAGUGGAGGGGGAAGUGGAAGUCUGACUGGAGGAGGCAGCACCAUGUCCCAGAGUAAUAUCAGUUUAUCGACCAAAAAAAAGAAGCCCAAGCUCUCAGCACCUUCUAUUUCGAGUAUGUAUGAUGGCCUAAACUAGUGCAGGCACGUUCAUCAGACCAACACCUGCUUCCUCUGUCAAGUCCCUCCUUUCAUUCCACGAUUACAGGUCUGAGCAGGAUGGGAUGAAACUUGAUUUAUUAGUUCUUAAAUAAUUUGGAAUAGACCAGUAAGAUUCCCUCUUCUACAUUGUGAACACAGUUAUCUAAUAACUGUGGUCAGUCACUGUAUCUGUAGGUACUUUGCAGUGCAGUUCCACAGAAAAUGACCAUUUACACCAUGAUGAACUUUUAAACUAAGAGUUGUUUCUUUAAGAUGAAAAUCAGGGUGACUUGAUGAAAUCUGUUUUUGUCGCUGGUCCAGUUUUCCGCACCAUAGCAGGAUAAACCAAGAAAGGACCUCAGGAUACCUUGCAAGAGAGUCGAAAGCUUCUUUUAAAUUGGGAUUAAAAUAGGAUUCAGUAGAAAUAAAGUCAGAAAACAGGAUAUCCUGUUGUCAAGAGGCUUUUUUCUUUUUUAAAAGUUAGUAGUGAAGUUGUCGACCUAACAAGGUGUAAGUCAGGGUUUUUACAGAAUGUUGUAGCGGCCCUAAGCAUCAUAAUUUCUUAUUUAUUUUCCAAACUCUACCUGUUUAUUAUUCUUGAUAUUCAGUGUGAAAAAUGCUCAAUUUCAUGAAUCCAUGAAGUGCUCGUAAAAGUUUCUGAUGCAGCUUUGUGAAACCUUCAGGUAGUCAUUGUGGCUCCUUUUUAUCCUCCCGUUUUUAUAAUUUGCGUUCGCUCCAAAUGAGGAAACGGCGACUGCUCUUGGUUCAACACUUGACACACCGACACGCACGUACUGGAGUACUCAUCAGUGGCUUCUUAAUUCUAGCGGUGUAUUGCACAGUUUUGUAUCUGUGUGUGUGUGUGUGUGUUUGCAUCUAAAUGCUGACUUGCAUUCAGUAUGAACAUAACUUUUUUGUGUGUAUGGUUAGAGGAAGUGAGUGUGCGUAUCAUUAUUUUCACAUAACUAUGCAUCAUAGAAUGUGGCAUUUUUGUGAAAAUACAUGUGCCAUUUUAAAUAUUUACCUUUGUUUACAUCAGUGAGAUAUUUAAGUCUGUCACUGCCUUUAUAGUGAUGUUUAUAUUAUUUGUGUGUAAGUGGAGAUUUUGGUAUUUGAUGAGCCAGAAGGGCUUUUUUGGGGCACAUUCAUGAAACUUUGAGUAAACAGAAUCAUGAGUCCAAAGUAAUUUUCAUUACUUUUGUCAAAUGGAUGUUUGUUUUAGUCCAUUGUUUUAUUAUGCAUUAGAAUAAAUUUGACAUGAGUGCUGCAGUUCUUUUUGGAAGCAAUGAGCAUGACAUCUGAACUAAUUUCAGUUCCCAGAAGAUUUUAAGACUUUUUGUUGUUAUAGGAUUGCUCCCCAAAAGUUCUUAUACAAGUCCAUGGAUUUUUAGCUGCAUGUUUUGCUUCCUUUAACUGAAUCUUCUGCUAAUGUCUACAGCGUGAGAGCCUUUGGGUUACCUCUACUCGACAUUCCACUUUGGUUGUAUGAAUAUUCCCUAUUCUUCUUGAAACCCUUACAAGAACAUUAGUAAGUAAAAAUGUUUUAUUUGCCAUCUCAGGCUGGUAUGUAAGCUAGUAAAAGAAGCGGACCAGAAAUAGUUUCAGAAAAACUUAAAAAGUCUCGGCGUCCUGCUAAAAAAGCAAAUGAUCAAAAACUGAAUAAGACGAGGAUCAAUAUUGGAUAAUCUUUUGAAAAGUGGAGAAGUCUGAGAGACCAAAUUCAUUUCAAGACCUAUUCAGAGCUGGCAAAGUAGGUAAGCACUGGAAUUUUGCUUAAAUUAAUCUUGAUUUACAAAGAUUUUAGUCUAAUUUAGUUCUCGGCGCUCAUUAAAUUAAUUUGUGACUGUAUUGGUGGAGUAAAUUGGUGGCCUAUUAGUUUACAACGACAAAUACAAUGAUGUUUUGGCAAAGUGAAUACUGUGUUUGUCCUUACAAACUCACGAAAUUACUAUCAAAUACUUUCGACUGCAGUUCUGAUUUAAAACACUAGGUGUCAAUGUUUCUUAUUUCAUCUUAAAAACCCCCAAUGUGAGGGCCCAGAAUCUCUUAUGAUUAUAUUCAUAAAUACCCAAAUACAAUGGUCAGAAUUUAUUAGGGAUUGUUUCCCUCUCAACAAAUACUAUUUGUUUAAGAAUUAAAUUAAACUUAAUUAGGGCCUUAAGCUUUGAAGAUGCAGCCAAUUUGGCAAUAUUUAGAAGACAGCAAUCGCAGAUAUGUAUUCAGUAUGUUUUGAUACAGUUGGACCAAGACGUGAGUCUAGCAGGUUAGAUGGCUGUUCUCAAAAUGAUCAUUGACUACAAAGCUAGUGUGUUCAGUUAUUUCUCAAAUUACAUGAACGUGACAAUCACCUAAAGCCUGAUUCUCAGACCUUAAGUUGUCACUUUAGUUUUUGAUUCUGCAGCAAAACUGGCUGUGCCCUUGUGAAACCUGUCCAGUAGUCUCGUAAUGUGCACUAUCAAUAAAUGGACUGUUAUUGAAAUGACUUGGUGAGUACAAUUCGACGCUCAUACCACCUCUUGUGGAUGAAGUGGACAGCUGAAGUCCCCUUGUGGCUCUUUGUGUGUUUCUGUGCAGUACAAGUGCAAUGACAGAAUGCAAUAAUGUGUUUCUGAUAUUAUUUCCAAGCACAAAAUGAGUGCAUGUGCGAAUGACUUGUAUCUGAAUGUAAUGUGAUGGAUUUAUUUUUCUUCACUGUCGUGCAUACUGAUGUUUGUAUGUAAAUAAACAUGCUGUACCCAGAGA